AUGUGCGUCACUGCCGGGUGGCGACAUCGUAUGGAGGCGUACAUGCCGUGCGUGGUGGGUGAAGCGGCUUCUUGUUUUUCACUCAGGCUUGAGGUGCUUCACUUCCAUGAGCACCGCGGUGCCGCUGGGAGGCGGCGAUUGCGUUUCGGUUGUUGGUGGCGGUGUCGCUGCGAGAGUUUGUUCUUGUGGCCGCAGAGGGAAGGCAUCUGCUGCGUGUGUCUCGCAGUGGUGGUGCUGCUGCACCGUUUAUUUUGUUUUGUUUUUAUUGUUUUUUUCAAUUUUUUUUUUUUACGCUACGCCCCACUCCUGCUGCGGUGCGCUGAGGGAAGUGGCGGCGUUGGGGAGUUUGUGGGGGCCGUGGUAGGAGGUCCCGCCGGCAUUGCGCACUGCGUGUUGCCGCUGGCGGGGUUUGAAGGGGCUGGGCGGGGGAGACGGUAA